AUGGAAAGAAGAAAAAGAACGAAAAAGAUAAGUGUUUUCUUUCCCCAUAGGAAGAUAUCAACGUCUCUCUCUCUCUCUCUCUCUCUCUUUCUCUUUGUCUCUUUUUCCUCUCUUUCUCACUCUUUAUGUCUUUCUCUUUCACUCUCUCUCCCUCUUUUGCUCUCUUUCCCACUUUCUUUCUCACUUUCACUUUCUCUCUCUCUUCCAUUCUAUUUCUCUUUGUCAAACUUUCUCUCUUCCUCUCUCUCUCUCUCUUUUUUUUUUUCCCCUUUCUAUCUUUUCUUCUCUCUCUUUCUCUUCCGCUUCCUCUCUCUCUCUUUCUCUUACACUCUCUCUUUCUCUUCCUCCCUCACCCAUCUAUUCUUUUAUCUCUCUUCCGCCUUCUCCCUCUCUUUCACUCUACUUCUCUUUCUCUCGCUUCAAAUCUCUUCCUCUUUUUUCUACUUUCCUUUCUCUGAUUUUACUACUUUACAUUCACAAUGGUUUUCCUACUCUUCACUCUCCAUUAUUUUCCUACUUUCAUUUCUGCGUGAUUUCCUACUCUCCUUUCUCCAUCUUUUUUCCAACUUUCAUUUAAGCAAGAUCUUCCCACUUUCGUUUCUUUUUUCCUGUUCUUCUUUCUUCAUUGUUUUCUUACCCUCCUUUCUUCAUGAUGUUCCUACAUUCAUUUCUCAAUGA